GUAAACAGCGGAAGAGGCUCGGGUUGCGUCAGCAGCGCCGGAAAAGCUGAGAGAGAGAGAAACUCCGAGAAACAACUGGAAGACUGGAGCAGACACACACAGAGACGAACACAGCGGACCCCGGGAGUCCUGUAGUUGUAACACAGCCUGCACUACAAGUUCUGUUCGGACAUUUGUGGGCGAACUCGGCCUGAAAUAGUCACUGACGGCAUUUCCCCCUGACUGCCUGAGUUCGUAUUAAUCCGCUUAAGAAUAUUACUGACAUUACUGAGAGGCGAGGCUUCAGCUGGAGCGGUGAGCUAUAGCCCUGCUGGCUUUAGCCUGUUAGCUUCUCUAGCUAACUAACCUGUCUUGCUGGAGACCACAGGCACUGCCAGUGAAACUGUAGCUAUUGUUAAAACAUUUGCCCGCCCUGAGAUCUGUAGUAAUGGAAUUUAAAACCGAGAAAAGCAGAAAAAUGCAUGUAACCUAGCGUUAAAUAGUCUAGUCUAGCUAACGUUAGUCGUUUUCACUGGUGUCUUGUGUUGUUUACACGUAAUGCUAAACCAACUAGCUUAGCUUAGCUAACAGACAACACGUAAGCUAACCUAGAUUUUGAUAGCUAGCUGUCAGGCUAAGCUAGCUAGGUUAGCUUUCCCAAUUCUAAGUUCUAAGGACUUGUGACAGCACAGAAACGAAUUUUCAACUUGCUAGCUAAUUAUUUAGCUAGCUAAGGUUACCUAGUGUCUAGGUAACCUAUCUAACGUUAACUUACCUUACCUGUCUAACUUAUAUAUCUAUUUAACCUGGUAGCUAUCCAGCUUCACAGGGUUCGUGCCGUGACCUGAAUCCUAAAUAAAGCUUGUUAAAUAGCCAACUAGGCCUGCUAAAUAACUUGGUUAACUAAUUAACUAUUUAGCUAAACUAUAUCUAACGUUAUAGAAGACGGGAGCUCACAGUACUGCUCCCACCCCAUUUCAUCAUCAGUGUAAACAUUUCAGUGUAAACACAGAAAGCCUCUCUGUAGAUCCCUCUCUUUAUCUGAAGACGUGCACACUGGACAGUCUCGCCAUGCCCCUGUUGUUUCUGGAGAGGUUCCCCUGGCCCAGCCUGCAGACCUACACUGCGCUUAGCACAGUCCUGCUCGCUGGUUCGAUCCUCAGUGCCUACACCGCUGUAACCCAGAUCCCAGAGCCCGCAGCUCCGGUAGCAGAGGACGCCCGGACCGAGCCCAUCGAGGACAGUAAAGCUGAUCAAGGAGAGGCCAUUGAACAUGUUGCCUCUAACGUGUUGCUGUAUCUCAUCGCCGACAACUUAUUCGUCUGGGUGAUGGUGAAUACAGCAUGCUGUGUCCUCAUGCUAAUCGCCAAGGUGAUCCAGUGCAUUGUUUUUGGUCCUCUGCGGGUCAGUGAGAAACAGCACUUGAAGGACAAGUUCUGGAACUUUAUCUUCUAUAAAUUUAUCUUCAUCUUUGGAGUGCUGAAUGUGCAAACAGUGGACGAGGUAGUGCUGUGGUGUUUGUGGUUUGCUGUACUUAUCUUCCUUCAUCUCAUGGUUCAGCUCUGUAAAGAUCGGUUUGAAUAUCUGUCAUUCUCCCCAACCACCCCCAUGAGCAGUCAUGUGCGAGUACUGGCCUUGCUAGUGUCCAUGCUGUUGUGCUGUGGAGGCCUAGCUGCGCUCUGUGGCCUGGUCGGACAUCUUCAUGGCAUGCAUACUGUUGCAUUUAUGACAGCUGAGUGUUUACUUGUUACGGUGCGCACUGGACAUGUUAUUAUAAGGUACUCUAUUCACCUGUGGGACCUGAAUCAUGAGGGGACUUGGGAGAGCAAAGGCUCUUAUGUCUACUACACUGAUUUCAUUAUGGAGCUUGCUCUUCUCUGUCUUGACCUGAUGCAUCAUAUUCACAUGUUGCUCUUUGGGAAUAUCUGGCUGUCUAUGGCCAGUCUGGUGAUCUUCAUGCAGCUGCGCUACCUCUUCCAUGAGGUGCAGAGGAGAAUCCGCCGCCACAAAAACUACUUGCGUGUUAUUGACAACAUGGAGUCCAGGUUUGCAGUGGCAACCCCAGAUGAGCUGGUUGCCAAUAACGAUGACUGUGCAAUCUGCUGGGAUUCAAUGACCUCAGCACGGAAACUGCCCUGUGGACACCUCUUCCACAAUUCAUGUCUGCGCUCAUGGCUGGAGCAGGACACCUCCUGUCCAACGUGUCGUAUGUCACUGAAUAUCAAUGAGGGUGGAAGAGAGAGAGAAGAGGGCCAGAGAGCGCAAAUAGAUGACAACAUGGCUGCAGGACCUGGGGCUGAUGCCAGGCCUCACCUCAACCAGCAUAACCAUUUCUUUCAUUUUGAUGGUUCUCGAAUUGCUAGCUGGCUUCCAAGCUUCUCUGUGGAGGUCAUGCAUACAACCAACAUCCUGGGCAUUGCACAGGCCAACAACUCUCAGCUCAACACCAUGGCACAUCAGAUCCAGGAGAUGUUUCCCCAGGUUCCUUAUCACUUGGUCCUGCAAGAUCUGCAGCUUACCCGCUCUGUGGAAGUCACCACAGAUAACAUAUUGGAGGGCAGAAUCCAGGUGCCCUUCCCUGCUCAGCCUGUGGAGCGGACAUCCAUACAGUUAAACUCAUCCCCAGAUGAGUCAGGAGGUGCCAGUGGUGGUCCAGAGGUUCCAGCUGCAGAGACCGAGGAUUUUGAAGUGCGCGGAAGUCGCUUUUCCAAGUCUGCUGAUGAGAGACAGAGGAUGCUACUGCAAAGAAAGGAGGAACUGCUGCAGAGAGCACGCAGACGCUAUCUGAACAAAAGUUCUGGAGAAGUAGUCACCUUUAAUUCAGCUGCUGACACUGCCUUUGAGGGUGACGAUACCUUACCCUCCCUGGAGGAUGAAGACUCCACCUCGGACUUUGUGACCGUGCGCCGCAGGAUGCUAGCAGCUGCAGCUGAGCGGCGCAUGCAGAGGCAGCCAGACACGCCACUCUGAAGUGGGACAGCACCUUUGUGCACAUCCAGCUCUGCCUCGCUCAACCCUGUCAAGGCUGACAUGGAAAAGAACUCCUGGUCACCCUCAUCUCAAGUCAAGCAAAAUUGUGCAUGACACUUGCUUGUGCCGUGAUACAGCCGAGCCCAGCAAGCUAGGUAAACUUCAGCAGCUCGGUUGUUUCUCAGAUAAGUUUCAGUGUCUACUCAGUCUUAACACUUAUCUAUAUUGCACAAUGUUAAUACGUGACACACCAGCUUCGCUGUGCUCUGCAAAAAAGUCUAUGCAUGUGUCAUUUUAACCUUUUCCAACGUUCAGUCUAUUAUCUGCCCAAUCAUGGGCUUAUUGCUGUACAUUCCUUUAUAUGUAAAUAUAAAGGAACUUGGUGAACCUUGGGACAGAAUUGUAAACCCAAAUCCUGGCGGUUCUUCAGAGUCCGCUUGAAGAGUCUUGUCUAAAGUGGGCUAUCUGAAUAGCAGGCAGCAAACGCUUUUGGUGUAGGUCCUCAGUAAUGCAAGCAUUACAUUGUAUUUGUUUUAAUUUAGCAAUGUUUCAUAUAAAUUAUUUUUAGAAUCAAAAAUGUAUUAAAUUCACCUUUGAUUAUUUUAAUCUAAAGCAAUAUCUCAUGCUAUCAUUUUAAAGAGCUAGUUUUAUUAGACAUGGGCUGUAUUCAAUGGUCAGCUUCCUCCAUGUCCAAGUACAUGCUGAAAUGAUGACUUGUUAUUCACCUCCAGAAUUGUUGUGAUUUUUCAUGAUUCAGAUCCUUAAAGCUUGUGGACUUCUGGGCCAGAAUUAGAAACGUAAUUUGCUUUAUGGAUUAGGCUUUACUAAUACUACCAGCACAUUAUAGAGCUGUAGGCAUUGGUGUGCUGUUUUAAAGACUACUGAAAUUAUUUGAAUGCCUUUAGUCUGAUCGCAGUGCAAAUUUCUGGUGUUAUGAAGAUGCAGACCGGCAGUUACAGACAGUUAAGGCUUAUCGUCUUGACUAGCCUUGCUCUUUUUCUUCUUGGAAACGUGUGCAAAAAAACUUUUACUUUACUUUCUCUAACUGUUUGUCAAUGUUACACUAUUCAGAUGUAUUUUGGCAUUUAUAAUUGCAUUUGUUUGUGUUCCCUUCAAUUAUUUGUUGUACUGUAGACAUAAUUGGGUGGAAUGUUUCUGUGCUCCACGUUAGUGCUGUUUGUUUUGUGGUACAUUUAAAGAUAAAGUGAGGCAAGAUGCACACAGUUGAUUGGAAUGUUUGGAGGUGAGUUAUGAAAAACAUAAUGCUUUUGAAGAAAAUCCCAUUUAAUUUGGAUUUUUCUUCAACAAUUGCUACAGAUGGCAGUUUUCUCACUUAACUUCAUGCCUAAAAAUGCUUAUGUUUUUUGCUUCUUAAUGAGCAUUAAUUCAGUUAUUCUAACUUAAUAAUAACCUUAAGCAAUACUGAAUGUUAAAUCAAAUCAGAUUGAAGGUUUAUUCUAAGGUCAUUUUGCAUGUUUUCAGUCGCAGUGAGUUGAGUUAUGCAGGUUAGUGUUAUAACUUUAAGAGCAGCUCAAAGGUAGAAAAAGCCCAAUUUUCAUAAUACUAGUAUAUUAAAUUAUUAUUGUUUUAAACUGAGUGAAAAUAUUUACUGGGUGAUGCAAGAUGCAGAGUCACUAACCAGCUACACUUAACAAGAAAUGCUGACUACAGCAUUGUUUUCUUUUGUUUUGUUUCAGAAUGAGUAGAGAAUUUUAAACUGGUCUUGUCUGUGUAGUGAUGUGCAGUCACUACUGUUUUACACUGUGAACCUAUUUUAUCAAAUGUGUUUUUUUGUUUUUCUCAUUUCACAAUUACCAGCCACUUUCUGUUCUUUCUUUCAAUUUGUUCUUUUCUUUCUUUCAAUUUGUUCAUCUUGCUGCCUCUCUUCUAUGCAUGGAAUAUCACUGUUUGUGAUGUAUCUGUCUUAUCUUUCUUAAAGUAUUCCCAAAGACUGUGUUGGUACCUGAGGUAGGAGGUUGUGAUAAGUGUUUCUAACGAGUUCAUGCAGCUCUUUCAUUCCAGGUCACAUCUUCUGGAGCUAUAUGCUGUGGUUGCACAGCUGCACCUUUUGAUCAGUAUUUCUGCAACUGAUUCAGAUGAUUCACUUUGUAUCACUAUUUAAUGAAAAUGUGAUUCACAUCUGUUAAAAAUCUAAAAGAACUAUCUUUUUUUUUUAGAUUUUUUUUUUUUAAUUUGUGCCUAAAUUCAACAGUGGAUCAAGGAUUGUUUGAAAUGUGUAAAUAAUUUUGUAAUGAAGACUGUAUUAUAAAUGUGAAAUGACCCUGUACAAAAUAAAAUUCUGAGCUACUAUAGAGGCUUUUAAUCAA